AUGAAAACCUUCGUACUUUUUGUGAUCGUGGUUCUGGCUGUCUUCGCCGAGAGUUAUGGCAACCCUGCCGGAGCUGAAACCUUAGACAAUAGGGUGCAUCCCUCAGAGAAAUCUCAAAUUGAAGAGGCGUUGCUUAGAAAAAUGAACGCAAAAUGCGCUCAACGCGAUGGACACUCGUGCAUGAUGCUGAAAAUUGUAACCUACAUGAAUCGCAUGCUGAAAAAAGCUUCCAUCCAAAUUGACGAUGGCAUUGAGAUCGCUCAAAUCACUGAGGAAUCACAAAAUGAGCCCGACCUUUUGGCCCGCAGUUAUAGCUCAGAUGAAUCACAACUCGGUGCUCUGUUGGCCACAAAAAUGUGGAACUUUGUCCGAAGCCGCUCCUUGAACUGGAACAUCAUGGAAGAUACCGACCUCGUUGUAUCCAGCACUGACAACGGUUCCUUGAACAUUGGCUUGAACAUCAAAAACGAAGGCGCAGCAACUGGUCGUGGCAAGAAAACUAACUACGGACCCUUGAUCGCCGCCGCUGCCAUGAAAAUCGGUCUCCUGAAAGGUCUCGCAUUCAAAGGACUCGCCCUGCUCGUAGGAAAAGCUUUAUUGGUUUCCAAAAUGGCCUUGCUCUUGGCCGCCGUCAUCGGUUUGAAGAAACUGUUCUCCACCGAGAAACAUGUCACAUACGAAGUCGUAGCGCACCCACACCACUCGCAUCAUGAGACCGUAAGCCACGUCGGUCACGGACACGACAGCUACAGUUCCGGCUGGGGACGCGCUUUCCCCGAUUACAUCGUAGACAGCGGAAUGCCAGUGGCCGAUGCACAGAAUCAAGCCUACGCCGGCCAAAAGCCACAAUAG